UUGCAACCGAGCUUCCUGCCACACUUGGCAGAUAUGAAUCAGCCCAGAGGCAGAAUGGAAGGCUUCCUUCUGGCGAGGAGGCGCUUCUGAGGAGCCUCCCGCCUCUGAGGCCCGCUCCUUCCGAGGGCCCUUCUCCUCCUCCCAGCCUCGCGGGGACUAACGGCUCGGCUGUGGCGAAAAUGGUGGAGGUGAACCAGGCCUUCCUGCGCUCCGUGAGGGGCGGCCUCAAGAUGGCGCGCAUGUGUUGUAUUUUUCAGGAUGCUUUCAACUCCCUGGUAGCAGCACUGUUUCUCUUCAUUGCAGGCCUGUGUGGAAUAAUUAAAAAAGUCAUUCCUGAAGAUUUAAUUGGAGGCGUGUUUUUCCUGAUUCUCUGUGCUCUUUGUAUAGCCGAUGCUGUGUUUCUCUUGAAGAAUAUUAAUUUUAAUAGACCCCCAACAAGUAGGGACAUUAUUCACAGAUAGAAGAAACAAUCCAACAUUUAAUUUGUAAUCCAUUUGGUACACCUCUUGAACUAUAAGGCUGCUUCAGUCAUAUUUUUCUGCAUAUUUUUCUAACAGGAUAGAAGCAUACUUUAGCCAGUCAAGCACUCCUGUUUAUUCCAGCAGCAGAAAAUGAAGCAUGUUUUUAUCUUUCCCAUCAAAAAUCAAUGUGGUGUAAAAAUGCAUUAACUUCAGAUGGAUUUUCCCCUUAUUUUUAAAAUAUAUAAGGAUUUAAAUCUAAUGUAUUUAACUGUCUAAACAAUUUUAAAUGAAACUUUUCCUAUGUGUUUUUAUAAAACAGUUAUAAAUGUUACAUUUCAAAUGAUUUGGAGAUGUUCCAAAGUUUGUAAACUUUAUGGUUUGCGUUAAUU